AUGGGUACUGCUGUUACGUCAGCGGCACCACCAAAUGGUAGAGGCAAUACGCGCUCAUCCCUGGCCUGUCUGCUCUGCCGCUCCCGCCACUUGAAGUGCGAUGGGGUUCGACCACGCUGCAACCGCUGCGUUGAGACUGCUAAGCAGUGCCAGUACACGCAGUCGCGAAGGGGCGGCCUCGACCGCGCAGCUCUAGCUGAGCGGCGCAGACGACUCGAGGCCGCGGAUCGGAGCCCGGUUGAAUCCGCCAACAGUUCGAAUCUGCCACAGCCCUCGAGGACCACUUAUCAGCAAUACAACCCGUCACCACCCCAGCUUGCCAGUGAUGUUGGAGCAGAUCUCACGAAUAGCUACGGCUCGGAGCCACCGGGGCCAGCAGCAACACUUCAGGUAGACAUUGGCAACGACAUCGCGGGUGAUCCUUUCAUCACGUCGUACUACGAGAACUUUCACAAAUUCCACCCCGUUGCAUUGCCGCUGAAACACUUGAUGCGAAUUCACCAGGACCCACGUAUACAACUGAACCUGAGACCUCUCAUCGCCAUGUUGCGUUUCAUUGGCCACAUUUACAAGGCUGCGCCAACAGAUCCCAUCUUGGUCCAGUGUCGCGUAUUGUAUUCGAUAGCAUUGUUCUGGAGCAGCUACAAGGACGAAUCGAAGAGGGAGAUGGAUGCUGCUGUUCAGCUCGGUCUUGAUUUGCAAAUGUUUCGUCAGGACUUUGCCGCAAAGUACGGAGCCCAGGAUGCGGUGUUGACGGAGUGCUGGAGGCGGACAUGGUGGAUGCUCUACAUUGUCGAUGCUGUUUAUGCAGGGACACUCGGGGCCGCGAAUUUUGUAACUGUGGAUGUCGAGGCCACGGUUGACUUGCCAUGCGAAGAGGCGGACUACGAAAAGGGGCAAAUUCCGGAGCCCCAGACGCUGCAUGAUUUCGACUGCCGCGAAUUAGCGCCCGAAUCGACUUCGUUCUCGUCCUUUGCCUAUCUCGUCGGCGCAGUACGAUGUUCGGCAUUGGCAAUAUCGACGGCCCCGAAAGUUGCUGCAAGUGAAGAGUCCCUACACAUUCUCCAAGCCGCUGACUCUGUCAUCAAUGCAUGGCUUCUUUUGCUUCCGAGCAGCCGCAAGCAGGUUAUGAGCAAGACGGGCGAAAUCGACGAACUCAUGUUUCAAGCGCACUUGUUAAUUCAUGUGCCGUUGUCCGACCUCAAGUUCAACCCGGUGGAGUGGAUCUCGAGUUGUGCCCGACAUCCUCCUCGUGAAACAUCAUCGCCAGAGCUCAUCAACGUACACACCGUGCGCGUCCGGAAAUCAAUCGAAGCGCAGAUCCGCCUCUUGGCGCUGCCCACGGAGCACUUCCGCCACAGCCCCUUCACCACUUGCAUGGUCAGUGAAGGCACCCUAGCGCUGCUGUCCGCGUGCACAUUUCUGCUCGAGGGAAAGGAGCUUGCCGUUGCUCGCGACCAGAUUCGUAUGACGAUUGGGUGCCUUAAGACGCUGGGCGAGCUUUGGCCUAGAAUCGAAACGAACGUGUAA